UUCUCAGACGACGAACUGUAAUUCGUGUGACCUGAAUUAAAGUGAAGGAAACAGUAAGCAGCUUGUAAUAUUCUGGUAAAACUAGUGUCAAUUUGUCGAAACUAAAACGCGUCGUUAAAAAUAUUAUUACAUUUUUUCUAGUUAAUUUUAUUCCUAGUUAGAAACGAACACUGUUGCCAACAUAUGACGCUUCUCUAUGUUCUCUGAAACUACCAACAUUUUUAGGUUAUGUUUAAACCAAUUCGACUUGAUAACUUGUUUAUAUUUCAACCAACAGACUAGUCGAAAUGGUGACUUUGCAAUAUUCCGCUCCCAAGAAACUCUCUCUGGUAAACGUCCACGACUGUAAAAUCUGCCCAUACGUUACAACAUCGUUUUUCCUGAUGAUGAACCACAUCCUCCGCCACCAGCUACCUUUGGUAUCUUUCAACUGUGAAAACCCCCUUGAUUCGUACCAUUGCAAAGACUGCAAUUUUCAAACCAAUCUAACGCUACUUUUCGAGCGACAUAUUAAAGACCGACAUGGAAUCAAACAAGAAAAAGCCGACUCAGUUACCCAACACAAUAAUAAAAAAUAUGUGUGUAGAAAGUGCAACUUUGAGACGCAUUUUUCGCUUAAAUGGUUGCAUCACAUGAGAGCUUGUACAAGAAGUAGACACAAAGUUGCAGCGAAUAGUGAUAAAACUUUAAAGUGGCAUAAAUGUGACCAGUGCGAGUCUAAAUACAAGUACAAACAUUCGUUAAAAGAGCACAAAACUUUUAAACAUUCGACUGAUGAAAAACCCUGGCGUCAGUGUAGCGAGUGCUCCUACAAAACCAAACGGGACUACGACUUAAGAAAACACAUGCGGGCCCGACACGGCAUCGAAAAACCCGGAUUAAUCUACGAAACUAGUUGCAUUAAGUGGCACGAAUGUCAGCAGUGUUCGUACAAAACCAAAAAACAGUCAAACUUAAAACAACACAUCCAGUGGCAUCACGUCGACGAAAAAGACAUCAAGUGGUACGAAUGCCAGAAGUGCCAAUACAAAACCAAAUACAGCUCAUCAUUAAACAAACACAUAAACGCGCGACAUUUGAAAGAAGAAGACAUCAGAUGGUACAAAUGUGACAAGUGCCCAUACAAAGCCAAAGAAAGCGGGAGCUUAAAAAAUCACACGAUCGCGUUUCAUGUAGACGAGCAAGACGUUAAAUGGUACGAAUGCAAAGAGUGCGAAUUCAAAACUAAACGGAACUAUUGUUUGAAAAAGCACCUCGUGUGCCAUUUAAACGAAAGCAGUAUUCAGUGGUUCGAAUGUAAAGAGUGUCCCUUCAAAACUAAGAGGAGCAACUCGUUGAAAAAACACACGAUUGUGCGCCAUCUACCCGAAGACGAUGUUAAAUGGUACCAAUGCGAACAGUGUCCCUUCAAAACUAAGGUCAGUUAUUCGUUGAAAAAACACACGAGCACGUGCCAUUCAGACGGAAGCGACAUUAAAUGGUACGAGUGCCAGAGUUGCUCGUUCCGAAGCAGACAGAGCUGGAAUUUGAAGUGUCACGUGAAUUGUAGACAUUUGGGGGAGAAAGCGACGUGGUAUGAGUGUGACAAGUGUACAUAUAAAGUGAAAAAUAAGUCGUCGAUGUCGAUACACAUGAGGGGACAUCCAUGAAUCAAUCUAGGUGAUUCAAAUGUAGGUUAUGUAAUUAUAAAACCAAACAGAACGAAAAUUUGUGCAUGUUUAGCUAGCAUUAGGAACACAAUUGACUGCGGCAGCCACUCGAAGCUUGUUUUUGUUAUUUUAUUAUUAAUUUUUAAAUAAAUUAAUCAAAAACAAA